AUGGACUCCGGUUCCGCUAACAGUUUCAGUCCAGGCGCCUUCAGGCUGACGGCUGACGCGACUCCUGUAAGUCCUUAUGUCGCAGGUAUGGUGGGCCAGACGUCUGCUGGGGCAUCGACUGGCUCCGGCAUCGUUCCCCCGGUUAACUCUGUGCCGCUGCAUCAUGUCCCGCAAGAUCAAAAACGCCAACGAAGCACAUCGUCAUUUCCGCUGUCCAAGCGCCCGUUCCAGUCAGAACAACGUCCACUUUCCAUGGGCUACGUACAACAGCAUGCCCAACUGCACGCCCAACUGCAUCCUCUGGCUACUGCGGGUACUCUUGGCACCAGCCACUUUGCUUCCACAUCACGUAACCCCCAUCUUAUCCUGGCGUUGGGGAACACUCCCACCCCGUCAUAUGACGUUCCAUCGAGCCCCAGUUCGAAAAUGAUGCCCCAUAACAACAACUCAGACCUGUCGGAAUCGAAUGAUAAACAUGACGAGGGAGAAGAAACUAUGGGCCACGAAACAAACCCGGAAUCCCAUCGUAUGUCCGAAGAAGAGCAACAAUUGGCUGCUAAACUAAAGGAAACCUACAAAAAUAUCGUCAAUUACGAGGAAGCUGUACAAAGAGGAUGCAUAGAAAUCACCAUCAAGAUGAACCAAGCUGGCUAUUCACGACCAAUGACCACAGUGCCAGCAAGAAGUGACCUUCUGAACGACCUUUGGACUGUCUACUACCAAAAUAUUGCACUUCUAGACAACUAUUAUGACUUUUUGAUCACGGCUGUUCGCCCAGUAGGGCGGUCUCGCACGGGGAGAAAUAUUGUGGAUUUAUACAAAAUUCCUAGACGUAUGUGGGUUUAUGGAGUGGUUGGGUUUUUGGAGGUAUUAAAGAAUGUUAUCAACCUCUUUUCCGAACAUGAAAUAUGUCUGUGCUUCAUUGCCAACUGUUUCUGCAUUCUCUCCAAUCUUACUGACCCUGGCUUGGAUAUGGAAGGUUGGUGGCUGGAAAAACUCGGUGACCUCUCCAGAAUGGCCAUUGCAUUGUACGCCCUGCGUUUUAUCGAUUGGAAAGCCCUGGCUGAACAUUGGUAUGCCAUGGGCUUGCGUACACUUUACGGUCAUGGCAAGAUAUACUAUCAUAUGUGCACCGUCCAACAAGAUAAUUUGGAUGCUCUUGUGAAUAUCGGCAAGCUGGUUUGUUGUCGUGAUCCAUUUGUACCAACUCCACAAUAUCUUCGAUUAGUAGUGGAAAACAUUUGCACACAGCGAAACGUGCUUUCCCUACUUGAACUACCCACCAUCGAUUUCAUAAAGAUCCACAAAGUACUCCUCAGUAUCCACCCAGCAGACGACCCCAAUCAUGAUUCACAGGUUCUGUAUGGAGUUAAUUUGGUCACUCGAUAUGGAUUAACGUUUGGAUCAGAUUCAAACGGCUUCAACUUUUUCACGAAAGAAUUCUACUCUACUUCCGGGACUGGAGUAGCUGCCGAUCCUUACUACCAGCAUGCAAGCACUACUGAAAAGACCAAUUUUUGGUUCAACAAAGGUGCCCUCUUUGCCGUAUCCAAUAUCAAUCAUUUGAUAGGAUUUGGGGAUCCUCGCAAUCCUUUUGCAAAGCUCUUUGGACUUCCAGAAGCUUUAAAAGAACGCAAAGAUAAGAAAGAUAAGAAACGCAAGUCGCGUGGAAGUAUUCCAACUGAUGAUUUAGAUAUCGAUGAGCAUUUUAUUCAUGCUGAAGAACUCACAGUCAACGAAUGGUUUGGAGGAUUUAGUCACCUCAAUAAGUCUGUUCUUGAAUUACUGGUUCGUGUGUUGAGCCAUUAUCUAGUAGGACCAAAAGAGGCAUCCACGCCGCACGUCAUUGUUUGGCUAUACUUUCUAGUUGCCGUGGGCAAAGCCCUUCAAAGAUAUCCCAACGCAUCCGAGCCUAUAUUGUGGCUCUUCCGCAGAAUCUUUCCCUGGGAGCUACUCAUUAAUUACCUCAACUACUGGGUUAAAUAUGUCAAGGCAAAUCGCCGACUCAGCGAGGCCUGUUCUCGUUAUGUGGAGGGCGACUACUUGACUACUUUCAAUAAUAACGAGAUUCUCGUGGAAGUUUGGCGAUGCUGGGGAACUUUAUGGUUUGACAUUAUUGCUGAAAAGGGUGAUUAUAGUGAUUCUGCUGCGGCAGGCGUUCUGAAUUCCAACAUUUUCGAUUUGCCAGUAUCUGGAGUUUCAGCGGCCAUAUCAAAUGAACCUACGACCACUAUCCAUUCGGAUAACGAUGAAAGAAUUGUCAGAGUCAUUUUAUUGGGAAGAUUUUUAGCGGAGCAUAUGCCUUAUGGUUUGGUCAGAACAAAUGAUGGUUUUAGGUUCGAUGCUACCAUAUACCAGAGAUCGGAAGCAAAAUUCGGCAUUGGAUUCAUUCGUAGCGAAAUGACGGCCGAUUCGUUAAUUUGGUGA